AUGCUUCGACAAUUAAUAACAAAAUGUAUUUAUUUUAAUAAAUAUAAGGCAACAAAUAUAUUAUAUAAAUCGUAUACAAAUUACAAGUUUUUAAAAGAACUUGGAAUUUAUGCAGAAAAUGCUGGUUUAUUUGAUGGAAAUUGGAGUGGAACCGGAAAAAUUGCUGAAUCUAUAUCACCAUCAACUGAAAACGUAAUAGCAAAAGUUCAGCAGUCUACUGUAGAAGAAGUACAUAGUGCAAUUGAUAAAAUUUAUGAUUGUUGGCCGAAUUGGGCUGCUUUGCCAUCUCCAAUGCGAGGUGACAUAGUACGCCAAAUUGGAAAUGAAAUACGAAAAUUUAAAAUUCCAUUAGCCAAAUUAAUUUCUCUGGAAAUGGGUAAACCUAUGUUAGAGAGUACCGGCGAAGUACAAGAAUAUAUAGAUAUUUGCGAUUAUGCUGUUGGAUUAUCACGAAUGCUACCAGGAAAACUUUUGCCAUCGGAGAGACAAGAUCAUACUCUUUUAGAAAUGUGGAAUCCAUUAGGUGUUAUUGGUAUCAUAACUGCUUUCAACUUUCCUGUCGCUGUUUUUGGAUGGAAUAGUGCGAUAGCUAUGAUAUGUGGAAAUGCAUCCAUUUGGAAAUGUUCACCAACAACUCCUUUAAUCUCUAUAGCUAUAACUAAAAUUAUAGCAAGAGUAUUAGAUAAAAAUAGAAUCCCUGGUUCAAUUGUUUCUCUUGUUACUGGAGAUGCGAAUAUAGGCGAUGCCGUAGUUACAAAUAGAAGAAUACCAUUAAUUUCAUUCACGGGAAGUGUAACAAAUGGAAAACAAGUAGCUCUAAAAGUUCAAGAAAGAUUUGGAAAAAUUUUACUUGAACUAGGAGGAAAUAAUGCUAUGAUUGUUUCAGAUAGCGCGAAUAUGGACAUGGCCGUAAAAGCAGCAACUUUUUCUUGUAUCGGUACAUCAGGUCAACGUUGUACCACAACUAGACGAUUAAUUCUGCAUAAAAAUCUAAAAAAGGAAUUCAUAGAAAAAUUAAAAAAAUCAUAUAGUAUUGUUUUAAAUGCAAUUGGAGAUCCUUUAAAAGAAACAACUUUAUAUUCUCCAUUACAUAGUCAAUGUUCUAUUAAUGCAUAUGAGAAUACUAUAAGUAAAGCAAUUAAAAAUGGAGGAGUCAUAGAAUUUGGAGGAAAACGUAUGGAUAGAAAGGGCUUUUAUGUUGAACCAACAAUUAUAUCUGGCCUAAAAGUAGAUGAUGAUAUUGCACAAACAGAAACUUUUGCGCCUAUAGUUUAUGUAUUUGAAGUUAAUUCAUUAGAUGAAGCAAUAACAAUAAAUAAUUCAGUUAGUCAAGGUUUAAGUAGCUCUUUAUUUACAGAUAAUAUACAACAUUUAUUUAAAUGGAUUGGACCAAAUGGUUCAGAUUGCGGAAUUGUAAAUGUUAAUAUAGGAACUAGUGGAGCAGAAAUAGGAGGUGCAUUUGGCGGAGAAAAAUCGACUGGCGGAGGCCGUGAAAGUGGAAGUGAUUCUUGGAAAUAUUACAUGAGACGAUCAACUGUAACAAUUAAUUAUGGACAAACUUUACCAUUAGCUCAAGGAUUAAAAUUUGAGAUUUAA